CAGAGUGCUUCGUGGAUAGUGCGUUGCUAGUUAGUUUAGGUUAAGUUUUGUUUUGAUUUCUUGUUAUUGUUAUUUACUGUUGCAAUAUUUAUUGUAUAAUAUUACUAAUAAUUAAAAAUAAUAAAAGAUUGUUUCUAAGUAAUAUAUAAGUUAAUACCUACAGUGUGAUAAACAUGACAAGUAACAUAGAAAAUACAAUUACAAAAUAUGAAAAUUUUAUUAACGAUGUUUUAAAGGAAGAUUUACGUAUUAUACACCUCAAAUUAGAAAAAGUUAACGCAGAAGUAUCAGAUUUGAUUCAGCAGAAACAUGCAUUAAGGGUUAUGACUGACAAAAACAUGCACCCCGACGGAUUUAAGACACAGAUGAACUUAGGCUGUAAUUUUUUCAUGGAAGCUUCUGUUGCUGAUACGUCCCAACUACUAAUUAAUAUAGGAUUGAAUACAUUCUUAGAGUUCAGUUUAUUAGAAGCAAAUAAGUAUCUUGACGCAAGAAUAAAAGUUUUCGAACAAAGCUCACAAGAAUUAUUGAAAAAAGCUGCAGAAACCAAGGCACACAUUAAGUUAAUGUUAUUUGGAAUAAGUGAACUACAAGAGCAUAAACCAAGUUAAAAGAAGAGUUUUUAAACUACUUCAUUCAUAACAUGUGAUAUUAUUAUAAGUUUGAAAUAAAGCAAGUCAAAUUCUGCCCAAAACCAAAAAUAUGGUCCUAGAAAAAUCCAAAUCAUCCAUGAUGUAGU